AAUGACUAUAGGAAGCUAUCUAUGCAAUGCAAGGACUUUGUGGUGGGAGUGCUGGACCUGUGCAGAGACACAGAAGAAGUCGAGGCUAUUCUGAAUGGAGAUGUGAACAUACAUUUGUGCCCCGAGCACCACCGGCCAAGUCUGAGCAGGAUUAAACUUGCCAUUAAAUAUGAGGUCAAAAAGUUCGUUGCUCACCCCAACUGCCAGCAGCAGCUGCUCACCAUGUGGUAUGAAAACCUCUCAGGCUUACGGCAGCAAUCUAUAGCUGUGAAGUUCUUGGCUGUCUUUGGGGUCUCCAUUGGCCUGCCCUUCCUUGCCAUAGCCUACUGGAUCGCUCCCUGCAGCAAGCUGGGACGGACCCUCCGAAGUCCUUUCAUGAAGUUUGUGGCACAUGCAGUUUCUUUCACCAUCUUCCUUGGACUGUUAGUAGUGAAUGCAUCAGAUCGGUUUGAAGGAGUAAAAAAUCUCCCCAACGAGACCAUCACAGACCACCCGAAACAAAUAUUUAGAGUCAAAACAACUCAGUUCUCGUGGACAGAAUUGCUGAUCAUGAAGUGGGUAUUGGGCAUGAUAUGGUCAGAGUGCAAGGAGAUCUGGGAAGAGGGGCCACGGGAAUACGUGGUGCAUCUCUGGAACCUGCUGGACUUUGGAAUGCUGUCCAUCUUCGUGGCAUCAUUCACGGCCAGGUUCAUGGCUUUCCUCAAAGCCACCGAAGCACAACAGUACGUGGAUCAGUAUGUUCAGGAUGAUGACCUCAGCAAUGCCACCCUUCCCCCUGAAGUUGCUUACUUUACUUAUGCCAGGAACAAGUGGCUUCCCUCGGAUCCUCAGAUCAUUUCAGAAGGACUGUAUGCAAUAGCUGUGGUACUCAGCUUCUCCCGCAUUGCUUACAUUCUUCCAGCCAACGAAAGCUUCGGCCCCCUGCAGAUCUCUUUGGGGAGGACUGUGAAGGAUAUCUUCAAGUUCAUGGUCAUCUUCAUCAUGGUGUUCCUGGCCUUCAUGAUUGGAAUGUUCAACCUGUACUCUUACUACCUGGGUGCAAAAUACAACCCCGCUUUUACAACGGUAGAAGAGAGUUUUAAAACCUUAUUCUGGUCAAUAUUUGGCUUAUCUGAAGUGAUAUCUGUGGUGCUGAAGUACGAUCAUAAAUUCAUUGAGAAUAUUGGCUAUGUACUCUAUGGAGUAUAUAACGUGACAAUGGUGGUGGUGCUGCUUAACAUGCUAAUAGCCAUGAUCAACAACUCCUAUCAGGAAAUUGAGGAGGAUGCAGAUGUGGAGUGGAAGUUUGCACGUGCCAAGCUCUGGUUAUCAUACUUUGAUGAAGGAAGGACUUUGCCUGCUCCUUUUAAUCUAGUGCCAAGCCCUAAAUCAUUUUAUUAUCUCAUACUGAGAAUAAAAAUGUGCCUCAUAAAACUCUGCAAAUCUAAGGCCAAAAACUGUGAAAAUGAUCUUGAGAUGGGGAUGCUGAAUUCCAAACAACGGAAAGUUCGUUUUCACUCUAACACUCGAAGUACAGAAAACUUUUCUGGGAAGAAUGCUUAUAACAAGCCCACCAGAUAUCAGAAAAUAAUGAAGCGUUUGAUCAAGCGGUACGUCCUGAAGGCUCAAGUUGACCGAGAAAAUGAUGAGGUCAAUGAAGGAGAACUUAAAGAGAUUAAGCAAGAUAUUUCUAGUCUCCGCUAUGAACUCUUAGAGGAAAAGUCACAAGCUACCAGCGAGCUGGCAAGACUAAUACAGCAGCUGAGUGACAAAUUUGGGAAAAACUUAAAUAAGGACAUUUGA